CGUUACGUACUUCGAUCAUUCAAGAUGCGUCUGUUACCUGUCAUCGUAGCCAGCCUUUCUGCUGUCGCCCUAGCAGCGCCUAUUGAGGCUUCGACUGAUUUGGCGGAACGCCAGUAUAGACCAACCUACAAAGUUCACGCAGAGCUCGAGGGCAAAGAGGCUGCCGAGAAGCGCCAGUACAGACCAACUUAUAAGGUCCACGCAGAGCUUGAGGGCAAGGAGACAACUGAGAAACGUUAACGCAGGCCCACGACCAAAGAUCGGCAAGGCACUUGAAGGGGAAGAGACUGUUUAAGAUGUCCCAAAAAACCCGCUGGAACGAUAGGCAAUGGAUAUUAUGACUAAAUGAGCUCACCAUCUUGAUAUCAAUGAAAAUACCAUGUGAAGACUAAUAGCCCUCAUUUAUAGUCAUUCUACAGGAUCGGAAUACCUAUUGUGCUUAAAACUAGUGGCUAUGGUGGUGCUACACAAGUAUGGAAUUGAUUGCCGAUUUCAGAAUCGCAUGUGCGAUGCCGACUGGAGAAGCUGACCAUGCACAUAAAUAUCCCAUCCCCUUUCUGUAGAACCAUCCAAAAUAAUAUACCCUUCAUCUCUCGAAUCCAAAACCCAAGGCGUAGAACUAAAAU